AUGAUUCCAAAUAUAACCUCCGAAUUUAUCCAAUCCUUUGCUCCAAUGCCAACUGUGGCCAGGAGAAAAGAGGCGCUUGAAUUGAGAAAGACAAUGAAACCCUUGUUGGAAAAGAGAAGGCGCGCUCGUAUCAAUGACAGCAUCAGCCAUCUGAAGACUCUGAUCCUUCCACUCACAGGAAAAGAUAAUUCUCGGUACUCGAAGCUUGAGAAAGCUGACAUCCUUGAGAUGACGGUAAGAUUCCUCAGUGAUAUUCCUGCUGCGCAGAAAAAAAGUACAUCAAACAGCUACAAAGAAGGGUACAAUGCCUGUCUGCAGCGCGUCACCGCUCUGAUCCCCAAAACGAACCUGGACAAAGACUCGUGCCAGCGGUUGAACGACUUCAUCCAGCAGUCCAUGUCUGCGUCCGUCGACCCAGCUUGUCAGAACUGUUGCGCCCAGAGCUCCAGGGCUUUCCCCCGGAUUCAGCAGAGACUCCUGAGCAUCAAAGCCAACGUUGGCUCCAGAAUCGAGAACCACUCGAACUCGCUUCCCAACCGGCCCCAGCCAGUGCCACAAGCUGUCAAUGCUAACAUGUGGAGACCCUGGUUGAUUCAAGAAGCCAUAACGCCAAUGUAA